AUGGUUCCCGUAAUCCUACCUCCUCCCACACAUGGCGUGUGUAUACAGAAGGCGUGUAGAGCAGGCGAUCAGACGAAGUGUACUGUUGAGUCUGUGGAAGAGCUGAUGAAGAAAACAGAGGAUUUGAUCCGGUGUCAUAAGGAGGUAGACCAUCGGCACAUGACGUGUGUAGAUAUGCCUGUGAUAAAGGAGGACCCGAAACGCGAGGCCAGGAGUCGUCAUUAA